CUGAGUCAACUACGAGUCCAAUUAAUUCCAAGUUUCCGUGGUUGCGCUCCUAGAUUCUUAUCUAUAAAUGAAGAUACCCUUAGAUGAUAGCCUACCACAACAUUCCCUGAGAAACAAGGAACAGCCAUGGCGGCCGUCCCACAGCUGUUGCUACUCCUCCUGUGCAGCUACCAUGCUCUGAUUGCUAGUGCAGACGUGCAGAGCCACAAGAUUCUCGCAACCAGCUCCCAGAAGCCUCAAGCCGUCUGCUCCGAGCCUACAGUGAGCCCACCUUCGACGAGCGGAGCCACGGUGGCACUGAACCACCGGCAAGGCCCAUGCUCGCCGGUGGUGUCGUCCGAAAAGAAGCCUACCUUGGGGGAGCUGCUCCGCCGUGACCAGCUCCGAGCCGGCUAUGUCCAACGGAAGUUCUCCAACGACAAGCACCGCGCCAACAGUGGGCUCCAAUCAUCGGAGGUUACCGUGCCGACAACAUUGGGGUCUUCCCUGGAUACGCUGGAGUAUGUCAUCACCGUCGAGCUGGGCUCGCCGGCAGUAAAGCAGACGAUGAUCAUCGACACCGGCAGCGAUGUGUCGUGGGUGCACUCCUCGUCCGGAUCGCCCUUCGAUCCAGCCAAGUCGAGCACGUACGUGCCCCUCUCUUGUGGCGCCCCGGCGUGCACGCAGCUGGGAGGGGAAGGCAACGGGUGCGCCAAAAACGGGCAGUGCCAGUACAUGGUCAUGUACGGCGACGGGUCCAACACCACGGGAGGGUACGGCUCCGACAAGCUGGCGCUCACGGCCUCCGAAACCGUGGACAGAUUCCAGUUCGGGAGCAGCCAGGUGGAGGAGGGGUUCAGGGACAAGACGGACGGGCUGAUGGGGCUGGGCGGCGACACGCCGUCGCUGGUGUCGCAGACGGCGGCGACCUACGGCAAGGCGUUCUCCUACUGCCUCCCGCCGACCACGAGCUCGUCGGGGUUCCUCACGCUCGGCGCGCCCAGCGGCGGCACGUCGGGGUUCGCGACGACGGGGAUGCUCAGGAGCCAGCAGACCCGGACGUUCUACGGCGCGCUCCUCCAGGGCAUCAGCGUGGGCGGGAAGCUGGUCGGCGUGUCGCCCUCGGUCUUCUCCGCCGGGUCGGUGAUGGACUCCGGCACGAUCAUCACCCGGUUGCCUCCGACGGCGUACAAGGCGUUCUCGUCGGCGUUCAAGGAAGGCAUGAAGCAGUACCCGCCGGCGCCGGCCAGGGGCUUCCUGGACACGUGCUUCGACUUCGACGGCCAGGACAACGUCACGAUACCGUCCGUGGCGCUGGUGUUCGACGGCGGCGCGGUGGUGGACCUGGACGCGAACGGGAUCAUAUAUGGCAGCUGCCUGGCGUUCACGGCCACGGACGACGACGGCACCAUCGGCAUCAUCGGCAACGUGCAGCAGAGGACGCUGGAGGUGCUGUAUGACGUUGGAAAGAGCGUCUUGGGCUUCCGGGCCAACGCGUGCUGAUCAGAUGCGCAGCGCUCGCGUGGUAUAUAUGACACGGCACACGGCACACUGUAUGAAUGGCCAAGUCUAGCUAGCUAUGCUACUCUCAUGUGCUGUGUGUUGGUGUUUAUCUUGGUAGUUGCAAUGUCAACAUGAAUUGAAAUCAAAGCAGGUUCACAAGGAA